UGUUUCUCGUGUCGGUUUUUCUUUGAGUCAGUCAGAGCUGAGAAAGCAACGAGAGCAACUGCUUGUGUCGGUAUUUACCUGUCAAGAAACGGAACUACGUUUGCAACCUGAAGUCUCGAAUUAUUUCUAGUUUCCACCAACAAACUGUGAACAACUUUAGUCCCGAAACAGCAGCCAUGGGUUUGAGCGGGUCGGCGUGGAGGAGAGAGGGGGAUUUAAACCUCUUCGUUUGAAGUGAACGGUACACCGGGAGCAGGACCCAGCUGUUGUACACACAAAAGAAGUUACUUUACCGUCGAGUUACUGCAGAGUCGAGCACACACGGGUUUGUUCGGUAUUUUUGGGGAGUUUUGGUUUUUCCUGGAGAGCGGAGAGUGGACUUCUGGAAGCGGCUCUCUGAGUCGGGACUGACCGCUGGAGUUGGUCCUGAAAUGGAGGCUGUUAUCGAGAAGGAAUGCAGCGCGCUCGGAGGACUCUUCCAAACUGUUAUCGGAGACAUGAAAAGCAGCUACCCUAUCUGGGAGGACUUUACCACCAAGGCCGGCAAACUGCAGUCCCAGCUCAGGGCGACUGUCGUUGCUGUGGCUGCAUUCCUGGAUGCCUUUCAGAAAGUUGCCGACCUGGCUACCAACUCACGAGGUGGGACCAGGGACAUCGGGUCAGCGCUGACCAGGAUGUGUAUGAGACAUCGCAGCAUAGAAGCUAAACUCAAGCAGUUCUCCAUGGGCUUCCUGGAGGGUCUGAUCAACCCGCUACAAGAGCAGAUGGAGGACUGGAAAAGAGGAGUGAACGCUUUGGACAAGGACCAUGCUAAAGAGUAUAAAAAAGCACGGCAGGAAAUAAAGAAGAAGUCCUCAGACACCCUGAAACUUCAAAAGAAAGCAAAGAAAGCUGAUAAUCUAGGUCGAGGUGAUAUCCAGCCCCAGUUGGACAGCGCCAUGCAGGACGUCAGUGAUAAAUACAUUCUGCUGGAGGAGACGGAGAAACAGGCCCUGAGAAAGGCUCUGAUAGAGGACAGACAGAGAUUCUGCUGGUUUGUGGCCAUGCUGCAGCCUGUAGUGGAUGAGGAGAUUUCUAUGUUGGGAGAGGUCACCCACCUCCAAGCCAUCUCUGACGACCUCAAAGCUCUGACCUCUGAACCACACAAGCUCCCCCCUGCUAGUGAACAGGUGAUCCUGGAUCUGAAAGGCUCAGACUAUGGUUGGUCAUAUCAGACGCCGCCCUCAUCCCCCAGCACCACCAUGUCCAGGAAAUCUAGCAUGUGCAGUAGUCUGAACAGCGUUAACAGUAGUGACUCCAGGGGAUCCAGUGGCUCCCACUCUCAUUCUCCUUCCUCCUCUUCUUCCUCCUCUUCCUCUCACCACCUCUUCCACCACCAUCACCCCCGCCAUCGGUACCGCAGCUCCACGCUCCCCCAGCAGACCCCGGCUCGGCUCUCCAGCAUCUCCUCCCACGACUCGGGCUUUAUCUCGUCAUCCCAGGACCAAUACACGUCGUCCAAGUCAUCAUCGCCUAUGCCAGCUGAAACAAAGCUGCCCUCGCUGUCCCAGCCUUGUCCCAGUUCCAGGUCCUCUGAGGUGUCAGAGACUGGGCAGCUUCACAGUGACUGCAGCUCCCCCUCUUCUCUAGCUGCUGUGACUGCACCACAGCACGCUACUGACAAGCUGUCCAAUGGUUUUGACCACUACAGUCCAGCAAAUGCCCCCUACCUGCAUAGCAAUGGGGGGAGUUUGGGCUCAGGCACUGCCUUCCCUUACGUCCCUCCUUCCUCCUCAUCCUCCACCUCCACUUCCUGUCCCACCCGCUCAUGGUCACGCCCCGCCUCGGCCUUACUGCCAGACUACACUCAUUACUGCACGAUGGGCUCCACCAUGGUGCCUUCAUCACGAGUUCCCAGCUGGAAGGACUGGGCUAAGCCGGGCCCCUAUGACCAGCCCAUGGUCAACACUCUGAGGAGGAAGAAAGACAAGGACAGCUCAGCGAUAGUGGACAGUAAUGGUAGUGUGAGUAAUGGUGGAUCAAUCUCCACAUCAGCACCAACCUCAGCUGCUCUUCAGAUGUCAGCAGCAGUGGAGGAGAAGAUUAGGACUGUGGCUGCUCCUCUCAAGGCCGUAGAUAUUGAGGCCCACGAGGAACUGGCUCUGGCUUUAUCAAGAGGUCUAGAGCUGGACACCCAGAGGUCCAGCAGAGACUCCAUCCAGUGUUCAAGUGGCUACAGCACACAGACUAACACGCCCUGCUGCUCCGAGGACACAAUACCCUCACAAGUCUCAGACUACGAUUAUUUCUCCAUGGCCGGGGAUCAGGAGCCCGAGCUGCAGUCUGACUUUGAUAAGUCCUCCACCAUCCCCAGAAACAGUGACAUCAGUCAGUCCUACAGACUCAUGUUCCAGAGCAAACGACCGGCCUCCACAGCUGGCCUGCCCAGCACGCAGACUCCUUACCCGGGACAGGGUGGCUACCCUGCAGGGUAUCCCUCUACACCCAUCCACACCGGGGCUUAUCCUACUACCCCUACAGGCUCCAGUUCAGGUCAGGCAUUUUAUUCUGGAUCUCAUAAUACCCCUGGCUCCUACUCUUCAGGCCAUGGUCCGGUCAUCGUGACCCCUGGGGUUGCAACAAUCCGCCGCACCCCCUCAUCAAAACCCUCCGGCCGGCGUUCAGGCUCAAUAGUGGGAACAGGUCCCAUCCCUAUUCGUACGCCCGUCAUCCCAGUGAAAAUCCCCACAGUGCCCGACAUGCCGGGAGCUGUGAAUGGAAGCAGGAGUUCAGAGGAGACCGGACGUGGAGGAGGAAGAGGUGGAGAUGAAAGCCCAGAUUCUCCAACCUUUGCUGGAGGAGGGGAUGCUGGCACGCUGCCUGUGAUGUCCUGGAGCGGUCAGGCUACAACGAAUCCUCCCACAGUACUCCAGUCCAAUCAGCAGCACCUGCAGGGUGAGAUGGAGCUGGACGGAGGAGAAGGGUCAGACGGCAACAUGCUGGUGGCGAUACGCAAGGGAGUCAAGCUUAAGAGAACCCUCACCAACGACCGCUCGGCACCACGGAUCCCGUGAUCACAUGACACAAAGAAACGUGAAAAAACAAGCUCAUUGUGGCUGAAGUGAGGCUAUCCCUCUGGAUCUACGGCUCUGAUCCAAAGACUCCUUUUCUUAUUCAGAGAUGAAGUACGCCUGCUAUACAAGGAUCAAUUCUCAUCGUUUAAUUUCACCCGCUGAAGCCGUCUUAAGUCAUUCAGAGCAGAUAUACAGAAAUUCAUGUUUUGUCAUUUUGCUGACAAAGCCUCAGAAAAUAUAUAAAUCCAGGUGGUUAUAGGUUUGGAUCAUGAGCCAGAACAAUUCCAAGGCCUUAGCACCAAAACAUUUUUGCAAAUCCGAGCCCACAGCUGUGUAAUGAAACACAAGAGGAUGUUUUCAGUGAGUAAAUAACCAGAAGGACCGAGCUGCAGUACACCAGAGGACAGUGAAGAUGUCAUUUACAAACAUGUAUCCAGUAUGGUCCCUGCAGCAGAGGGUUGGACAGUGUGCAUGUGUAUAUAAACACUGUGUAUUAUAUGUAAACACUCAUUGUUUAGGGAAUGCGUUGUACCAUCGUGGGACAAAAAGCAUUCCAACUGCCAACCGACUUGGCAGAAGGAGCACAACAAGAAAUACAAGUACCACACCGCGCCAAGCGAGCAUCACACGGGUGUGCCCGGGAGUAACGGCCUCAGUGUCCAAGCUUCUCAUCGCACAAUUCGGCAUCCCCAGAACUGAGAGGACUGCUCCCUUUGAAGGCUGCAGGAGGAUGCUGCGUCAUCGGAGCUGACUUCCACUCGUAGUUCAAAUAGAUGAGAUUCACACAGAGCCAAUAUAAGGAGGUGUGAGCAGAACAGAGAGCUUGUUGCAAAGCUGAUGACCUGACUUUGUGUUGAAGUCAAAGACGACAGUGUGGCUAAUGUGUCAUGUUGUUGAUUCCAUGACAUACAGAGACACUUAAACUUUGGUUGUUGUAGUAUUCACAUGAUGUGUAUAUAAUUCUGCAUGUCCAGGAGUUUUUUGGUGCUCCUCUCUUUCGUGUCUUUGUUUCUUUGUAGUUCUCCAUGGCUGUUCUCCUCCAGAGCUCCACAAUCAUUACGUUUCACAUCUUUAAACCAGAUGUUAUCGAAUGACCAUCAAAACACAUCACCUAAAUGCUCUUUUGCUUUAUUUCAGAAUAAUUUUCCCAGUACUGUUUUCUUAACUCUUCCAUCUCUACAGGCUGAGCUUCGUUGAACUCCUCAGUGGUUUGUGAUUAUAUAUUAUGCCUCAUAUUUUAGCCCUCUCGUUUCUGUAGCAUUUAUUAGCCGUACUGCAAUCUGCCGUGCAUUAAGUACUUAUAGCAUAACUAAUAAAUGUCCAAGUCCAGAUGUGCCAUCUUGAAACUCAACUUUAAUCUAUAAAUAUAAGAAUGUUUUUAUCAAAGUUCACGAGGAAAUAUUUUGGUUUUUAACCUUAUCAGUGGAAAUGUAUUAUUUGUUAUACUCUGUUAUGUUGAACUUUUAAUGCAUGCUCAUCACUCAUCAGGUUUUGACUUCAGCACAUACAAUCCUCAUCAAAGAACCAAAAUCAACAGAGGGACGUCUUUGGGGUUUUGGAGAUCAGACGUUUCCUCAGAUUGCAGCUUGGUAAAACUAAAGCGUUUAGUAAACAUGAGCUCUAUUUGUAACUUCAGUUCAGGCACUGUGAGAACACAGCUAUUACAACCUGUAAUUGUUAUCUACCUGUACAAGUUAAAGCAGACACAUUUUUAAUUUAUUUCCUUUCUUUCUCUCUAAAUUACUUUUUAGUUCAUAACCUAUGUCUAUUUUUAUACCUGUAUAAAGUAUCAGAGUUGUUUCAUUUAUCCAUGCAUGUGCAGAGAAAUGUUCAUGGCUGUCGCGCUACACUUCCUCAUGUCCCUUAUUUCAAACCCACACACACAUGGUUUUUAAACCACAUCUCAUAAAGCAGAGUUAAGUUCGUCCCUUUGGCUUCCAGGUAAAGUUAUAUAACAGAGAGGUUUGCAUCAGUAUUAUGAGGCCAAAUGGUGUUUGACUCCAGUUUGGUUUCACCUCAAGUAACAGUCCUCAAAAUGUGUUUCCCUGAAUCAUCAAUUUAUGGUUGAGCUGAAUGUUGACUGACAGCAGCCCCGUUAUUACUUCUGCUAGAACAGACUAAAACCUCUCCCUGAUUCAAAUGUUUUACCUCAGUUAUUUAAAGCUGAUUCCAGGUAAAUUGCAUAAAAUUGCUUUCCAAAAAUAAGAUAAUUAGCUGGGUACAUGUUUGGAGAAUUUGGCUCUCAGUUUUUAUCAGCGAUGUGAAUAAUUUUCUUUGUGUUUUCAGGCCGUCCAUGUGUCUAAAUCAUGUAUUAUAAACUUGUAAGUUUCAUAUUUAAAUUGCUAGCACAAAUAUAUAUUAUAUCAGAGUUGCCAAAUGUCUGUUUAUCCUAUAAUAAGAAGUUUAUAGUUUGUAAGGGUUGGAAAAUACACUCAAACCUGGUUUCUAGUUUAGACUUCCCCCCAGAGAAACAUUUUAGCUCCAGAGAGUUGACCUCUCUGUGUCCCUGUACAGUUCAACAGCCUACGAUGCAGUUUGUUUCAGCAGGUAAAGAUUGUUAUUUUUUGUGUAAUGACAGCUUUAGCAAUAUAAUAAAAAAAUACAAACUAUA